AUGGACGCGGUAAUCAGUGCCACCGUUCAAGUGACAGUGGAGAAGUUGCUUGCAUCCGCCACUUCAGAGUUGAGUCUGGUGUGGAGUUUCAAGAAAGACUUGAGAAAGUUAGGCAGAUCUUUGAAAAUGAUGGAUCUUGUCUUACAAGAUGCUGAGAAACGAGAAGUUACCAAUGAGGCUGUCAAACUCUGGCUCAAGAACCUUCGAGAUGUUACUUACGAUGCUGAUCAUGUCUUGGAUGAGAUCAACUAUGAAAAUAUGCGUCAUAUGGUGAAGAUCCAAAACCAUACUAAGAUAAGGGGGUGCAUAAACUUCUUUUCCUUUACUCCUCCUCUGACAUUCCGAUGGAGAAUGGCUCGCAGGAUCAAGGACAUCAACGUCGACUUGAAAAUGAUCGAAGAUGAAGCUAAUACCUAUGGCCUCCAGAGAGUUGCUGACUUUGCUGUGUCUUUGCCUCCGGCCACGGAAACUGACAGCAAAACUAUCGAUCCAAUUGUCAUUGGGAGACAAAAUGAUGAAUCAAAAAUUGUGCAGCAGAUAACCAAAACAAAUGACGCAGUUAUUUCAGUCAUUCCCAUAGUUGGAAUGGGAGGACUAGGCAAAACCACUUUAGCUCGAUCGGUCUUCAAUCAUCCGAGCACACAGAGUCAUUUUGAUGAAAGGAUUUGGGUAUGCAUCUCAAAAAAUUUUGAUGCGACGACAAUUUUUAAAAGGAUUCUGGAAUGCUUGGGAGACACUUCUGUUGUAGACAACAGGGAAGCCAUAGUGAAAAAUCUUGGAAAGAAAUUGGAAGGCAAAAAAUACUUACUUGUUCUUGACGAUAUUUGGAAUGAAAAUAGACAGUUUUGGGAUGAUUUUAAAAAUACUCUGGCUGGGGCAUCAAUUGUGAAAACUUACAGAGAUCCAUACAGCUUGGAAUUAUUAAAAGAUGAUCAAUGCUGGUCAAUAAUCAAAGCUAGGGCCUUUGGAGAUGCAGAAGUACCAGAACGAUUUGAGAAAGUUGGAUAUGAGAUUGCUUGCAAAUGUGGAGGUCUACCAUUAGCAGCAAACAUGGUCGGCGGAACUUUGCAAGGAAAGGAAGUAGCUGAGUGGAUUUCAGUUCUAGAGAUCGGGCUUUCAAAUCUUGAAGCAAAUCAGAACAUUGUGUUCCAAGUCUUAAAGUUAAGCUUUGAUCGUUUAUCUUCUCCAUUACUUAAAAAAUGUUUUGCCUAUUGUUCAAUAUUUCCUGAGGAUUCAGAAAUAGAGAGAGAAGAUUUAAUCCAACUCUGGAUGGCGGAAGGAUUUCUUCCGGAUAAUGGAGAAAAUAAUAUGGAGACUUUAGGCAAUGAAUGUUUUAACAUUCUGUUGCAAAAUUCCUUCCUGCAAGAGGCCGAAAAGGAUAAGUAUGGAAAUAUCACAUACUGCAAGAUGCAUGAUCUUGUGCGUGAGCUUGCACGCUCAGUUUCAAAUUCAGAAAGCUUUAAUGCCGAGGAUCACUCUACUGAUGUCAUCCCUAAAGUUAGAUACCUUGAAAUGAAAUUGCUUAAAAAUGAAACACAAGCGAUUACAAAAGAGAAAGCAAGUUAUCUGCGCACAUUUUUCUUGCGAAGGAGCAGCUUACCUGACAAAAUUUUGCCAUGGUUCAAGCACCUGCACAUUCUAAAGUUAUAUGGUGCAGGUAUUAAAGUUCUUCCUUCCGCAAUUGGAAAGUUGAUACAUUUGAGAUAUCUUGAUGCAUCUGAAAAUUAUAAAAUGGAAACUUUACCAGAUUCGAUUUGCAAGCUCUACAAUUUACAAACAUUAAGGAUUUUGAAAUGCCGGAACCUUCAUCUGCUUCCAGAAAGGCUAUCUGACUUGAGUAAUUUGAGACAUCUCUACUUUUAUUCUAUUAAUAGAGAUCUCCAGAUGCCGCCUGAAAUCAGAAAGUUGUCUGAUCUUCAAACAUUAAUGUAUUUUAGAGUUGGUGGCAAGGAAGGCAGACAAAUCAAAGAGCUAGGAUCUUUGAAGAAUCUGUAG